AUGGCCAUCAAACCAGAACCUCUAUCUGAUCUCGUAACAGUUGACAACCAAUAUCUGGACCGAGUAACGACCCGCCGAAAUAUAAUUGCCGAAUACAAAAACACCGUCCACGGCUGUCUGCCCGGGGGCGAGAGUGCUGUCCACGAGCUCUACUCUUAUCUCCUAACUCAUCAUCUACCCAUCCGCUUCCCGGAUCUUUUCACUUGCCAGGGUAAACUAUUUCAUAACAGAGUAACAGGCAAAUCAUUCCCUACGACCCCGCCGCAAGACCCGGAGACUUGUCUCCGAAUACUCGGCGAAACGGUAGAAGAGGAUAUCUUCCUCCUGAUGGAAACGGAGACAACUCACAAAUGUCUGGCAUUCACAUGUUGCUUCCCGACGGGCUUUGAUCCAUCUUCGAAGCUGGGUUUAGAUCUUCGGGGUAUACAUGGUCCUGUGCCAGCCUAUGAAAAGAUCGGGCCUAGUAUGGAGAGAUUCUUUCGGAAGCUUGAGGUUGGGAAGAGUGUGAAGAGAAUGAAUUGGAAUAUCCAAACUGGUGAUUAUUUGAUCAAUGUGGCAGGGAAUCACAUCAAAGAAGGCGACGAAUUUGUAGCCGACGAAGAUGUCGACCAUUCAACGGCCAAUCUUCGAAUCGAGCUCCAAACUUUGACGCGCCUCCCUGAAACAAAAUUUGUGCUUUUUUGCUUCAAAACUUACCUCUAUCCAUUGGCCAAUAUCAAGGCAGAAGGCACUGGCCCGGAACUUGCCGAUGCUAUAGAGGGCCUCCAGAAGGGCAACGCACCCGGUAUGUUCAAGUACAAGAGCGCGGUUCGAUGGGGAAAGAGUGUGGCAGAGUAUUUACGAUCAUGA